UAUCAGAAAGAAAGCAGAGAGCUGGAGAUGUUGCCCGCUAGAAGGAAAGUGGAAUAAGGGACCACGUUAUUCUAUAUCCAUCUCCAGCUUGAAUUCCAACACUUUUAAGGUGAACAAUGUGGUGAUAAAGGUGUCUCUAGCACAAGAAUUUCCGGCAGUGACUAUCUCCUCGCCAAUCCCCAAGAUGUACAGUAAUUACUCCAGGCUCAACACUACGGAAGAAACGCUUCAAGAUGUACAUUCCUCCGCUACAAACGUAUCGGCUGAGCAGAUGUCUCCCUCCCCCUGUCCACUUCUAUAUUCAGAUUAUCAAUUUACACUGAUUCCGGUGCUCUACUGUGUUAUCUUUGUCCUUGGGCUUGCUGGCAACAGUGUGGUGGUCGUGGUACUCUGCCGCCAUCACGGCCCUAAAACCGUUGCUAAUAUUUACAUUUUCAAUCUGGCCAUGGCUGAUUUGUUAUGCCUAGCCACGCUUCCCCUUUGGGCAGCCUAUUAUGCCUACGGAUACAACUGGCUUUUUGGAUCUGUGAUGUGCAAAAUUUCAAGUUCCGUUCUGUCUCUGAACAUGUUUGCAAGUAUAUUUUUCAUUACCUGCAUGAGCAUGGAUCGAUACCUGGCUAUUGUCUAUCCUAUUCGAUCUCAAAGGAGAACACUGCAACAAGCUUCGUUGAUAGCAUUACUUGUUUGGGGCCUCGCUUGUUUGUCUUCCCUGCCAACGUUUUAUUUCCGUGACACGUACUUCAUUGAAAGCUUGGGGGUGAAUGCUUGCAUUAUGGCUUUUCCCUAUGAGAAAUAUGCAAAGUGGUCUGCUGGAACAGCCUUAAUGAAAAACACUCUUGGCUUUUUGAUUCCUUUAAUUGUCAUAGCCACAUGCUACGUGUGGAUCUGGAUGCACUUAAUGAAAGCACGGGAAUUCAGGAAAAACAAACAAAAAAGAGACAAAGUCUUGAAACUGGUGGCUGCAGUUGUUGUGGCUUUCUUAAUUUGCUGGCUUCCUUUCCACAUUUUAACCUUUUUGGAUGCCCUGGCUCGGAUGAACAUCAUUGAUAACUGUGACAUUACAACAGUCAUCGACACUACUUUGCCUUUUGGCAUCUGCCUGGGAUUUGCAAACAGUUGCAUCAACCCUUUGUUGUACUGUUUCAUUGGACACCAGUUCCAAGAGAAGCUCCAACAUCUGUUUAAGCUGCGAGUCUAUCAGUUUAACAGCACCCAGCAAAGCUCUUCUUCAAGAAAAGGGAGUUACCUUAAAGAGGCCGAGACCCCUGGGGACUGUGACAAAGAAAGACUGAACUGUAAACCAACACUGUAGGUAGCAAACAGGGUUUCUUUGGGGCAUCUGGACGCUAUUAAUGCCACAACACUGUCCUCUUUUUUUUCUUCUUCUUCCAUUUUCCAUAUUUUCUGGCACAAAAUGUUCAAAGGAGAAUUUAUUUUAAUGUACCUGGUUAUCUAC